AUGGCUCUCAAACACACGAUGAACGUUGUGAGGGCAGCUCCUGGAGUGAGAGCUAAAUUCCACCCCAGGCUCAGAUGGCCAGCAAAAUAACGUGACGAAGAAAAGAAGACAGUUUUUCAGUUUCGGCAACAAGCUGCUGGGGUAUUGCGGCCCAUUCUCGAAACUCGCAGUCAAAUUUCCAAGUCGGGAGACAAGCCAAUAUACGACAAUGCGGUGCAGUGGCUUCUCGACGAAUACAAAAGCGUUGGAAAAAAGCUGACUGCGGAAGCAUUAGCUCAAGACGAACUUCUUCUUACCGUAGCGUCUAUUCACAGUAGCUCCGCUACCGAAUUAUCCAUUCUGUUUGAUAUGUUGGAUUACCCAGAAUCCAUGGCCGAAAUCAGAGCAGAGAUUUCUGAGGUGCAAAAGAAACAUCCUACUUGGUCUCGUAUUGACCUCAAUCCGCUCAAAGUUAUGGAUAGCUUCAUGAAGGAAAGCCAGCGUUAUCACUCAUUUCCUCAACGUAAGUGUCAAAAGAACCCUUACAGUUUCUUCUAACUUUCUCUCAAAGUAAGAUGCUUACAUAUAUGACUUUAGUGACGAUGCAGCGAGUGGCUGUCGCAGACUGGAAGUUCAAAGAUGGUCUCGUUAUCCAAGCAGGUACCCAAGUCGCAUUCCCUAAUCUCGAAAUUGCCUUGGAUGAUAAAAUACACCCCAACGCCAGCACUUUCGAUCCAAAGCGCUACUUACGCAAACGUGAUGAGAUUGACCCUACUAAGUUUCACUUUGCCUCGACCACAGACGAUUCGCUACAUUUUGGAGCGGGGUUCCAUGCAUGCCCGGGUCGAGUUCUUGCCCAGGAUGCAAUGAAGCUCAUAUUUAUUCACCUUUUGACUCAAUAUGAUGUCAAAUAUCCAGAAGAGGGCCAGAAACGACCUCCUAGUAUGCCACUUGAUUUCAAUAUUAUGCCAAAUGUUAUGGCUCCAUUGUUGUUCAAGGAAAGAGGGCAGCGAGUAUAUCGACCCCCGGGUGUUCGGUAAAUCGACCCCCCCCCCCGCCUAAUUUUAUGGGAAAUUCACCACCCCAUAAUCCCUAGUAAAUACAGUUCCUGUUUAGGAAAGUGGAUUUUUUUUAGACUAGUAGUAGAGUUAUCUCAGCCUUCAGCCGCUGGGUCACAUGGCCGAUUUCCCCCCCCUCCUAGGGAAGAUAUAAUUAUAUAACAAGUGAC